GUGUGAUUUGUAUUUGUAUUUGUUUGACUGGUCUUUGCUGCUCUCUCUCUCUCUGUCUGUUCUUUCUUUGAAGAGGGAGAGAGAGAAAGGGUCACCGGCCGCCCCCGCCAAUUGAACCCUCCUCCCUCUUUCCUUUCUACAAUAAAAGUCAAUUCCCAGAGCCACCGGCCCAAACGUUCUUUGGCCAUGUCUACGUCCGACGCUGGAGGUGCUGGAUCCAAUGAUUCCAAUGCUACCAGGAGACAAAGCAAGAGACCCAAGUACUCAAAGUUUACUCAACAAGAACUUCCAGCAUGCAAACCUAUUCUCACACCAAGAGCGGUUAUUUCAGCAUUCUUGAUUGUCACCAUUGUGUUCAUUCCCAUUGGAGUUGCUUCAUUAAUUGCUUCGCAUGAUGUUGUUGAAAUUAUUGAUAGGUACGACUCACACUGCAUACCAUCAAAUGUGACAGACAAGGUGGCAUACAUUCAGACUCCUGGAGAAAAGCCAUGCAACAGGCAGCUAACUGUGGAAAAGCGUAUGAAAUCUCCUAUCUAUGUUUAUUACCAGCUUGACAACUUUUACCAGAAUCAUCGACGGUAUGUUAAAAGCCGAAAUGAUGAUCAGCUGAGGGAUUCUGGAAAAGCAAGCUCAGUAAGUGGUUGUGAACCUGAAAAUAAUGUAAAUGGAAUGGCAAUUUUACCUUGCGGUCUUAUAGCUUGGAGCUUGUUCAAUGAUACGUACAGCUUCUCACGCAACAGCAAUAAUUUAACAGUGAACAAGACAGGCAUCUCAUGGAAGAGUGACAGGGACCACAAAUUUGGAAGUGAUGUUUUUCCUAAAAAUUUCCAAAAUGGUCCUAUAAUAGGUGGUGGUGGCCUCGAUGAAAAUGUACCUUUGAGUCAGCAUGAGGAUCUUAUUGUUUGGAUGCGAACUGCUGCUUUGCCAACUUUUAGGAAGUUGUAUGGAAAGAUUGAGGUGGAUCUAGAGAAAGGCGAUGUCAUAAACGUGAAUUUGCAUAACAACUACAACACAUACAGUUUUAAUGGCAAGAAGAAGCUUGUUCUGUCAACUACUAGCUGGCUCGGUGGAAAGAAUGACUUCCUUGGCAUUGCUUAUCUCACUGUUGGAGGACUGAGCUUCUUUUUGUCAAUGGCCUUUACCGUUGUAUAUCUUGUCAAGCCAAGGCAACUUGGAGAUCCCUCUUAUUUGUCAUGGAAUAGGAGCCCCGGAGGGCACUGACCAAAGAAACUUGAUGUUCCCAAGAUUUACAUUGCUUGUGCAUUAUGCAAACUACAGUUGCGUUUGUAAUUUUGUACAUCAAUACUCAUACAUGCUAAUAGUUAGGUGUUAUUAUUAUCCUCUACCCCAAAAAAACAAAAUUCUUUUAUUGUUUUUCGGUCUUUUGCAUCAGAAUUGGUAUAUCUUGUAUUUUAAGACAAAAAUUGGCCUAUACCUAUAUAUUUGCUAGUUACUUUUAUUCAAUUUGAGAAACAUAGGAAAGUUCCUGCUUGGUA